ACUUUUUCUUCUUCCGACGACUGUAAUCACUGCGGUUUGCUGUCGCUCUUUCCCUACAUCUAUACUCGCCUGAAUGCCUCUCUCUCUCCACCACAUAUUUAUACGAAACCUAAACCACAAAGACAUAAAAACGAUGGGGGGAGGUUGUAAGAGAGCGAGCGAGAGAGAGAGAGAGAACGGCUGGCGAUUGAUGGCGAAAGAACGGCGUUUCUCGUGAAAUAGAGAGAGUGCGUGUGUAGUUUGAUACGGUCUGGCGCGACACUUCGAUUCAGCGGGCUUCCUCGGCGGCACAUGUUCGGUCCCGUUCAUUGGCUCAUUCCGUCGGCGUCGAGGAAAGGAGAGAGAUCGCAACGCCGGAUGAACUCCGAGACGCGCCACGCUCCACGCGGUGUGCAUUGUACGCCGGCACGGCGCCGACUCGGCCGUCCUUCCUGCAGCUGUUCAAGUCAGAAAGCCAGACCGGCUUCUGCCAGCAUGGCCGAAUACAGGGAAGUCGUCGUUGUGGGCAACGGCCCCUCGGGGAUCACCAUGUCCUAUCUCCUGGCUGGAAACUGGCCUUACUACGGAGCCUCCAGUCACCACCCUAACCCCUAUUUGCAUGCCAGGCUUCAAGACAGCCGGGAUCUCUCGCUGGUCGAGCAGGACCUGGAGCUGCUGAGCUCUGGCUUGGAAGGGCGGUCCUGUAACCCAGUGUCGUUGCUUCUGGACUCGCUGAUCCACCCGGACGCAGACCUGGGGUCGGACGAGCCGUCGGCCCUCACCUGGGCCCAUGACUCUAGCAGGGCCCUGGAUCACGUCGUCAUCGGCAGUGGGGCUCCGGGAGGAAGUUGGCAGCGGAUGGACGGCGGCAUCCUGACCAUCAGCUUGGGCUCGUGGAUGGAGCUGCCUGACCUGACCUUCAAAGAGUGGGACGCGUCCAAGCCUCGCUCGCCACACGGAAGCCCCAACUGCCAGAACCGGGUCUCCGUGCAGCGGGUGGCCCAGUAUUACCGCGACUACGUGGACCUCAAGGGGCUGCGGCCCUACUUUCGGAACUACGCCCAGGUCCAGUCCGUCAGGCCCUUCGGCCUGGACCCUGGCAUGGCCGGUCACGAGAGUGCCCCGAGCGGCAACAACGACCACGAGCGGCUGUGGGAGGUGUGCGGGGUGGACGUGGAGACCGGCAUGUCCUUCUCGUACGUGACGCCGCACGUGGUGAUCGCGGCGGGCCACUACGACGCGCCGAGGCUGCUGGGCGUGCCGGGCGAAGACCUGCCCUUCGUGUCCCACGACCUGGGCCAGCUGGAGGUGCUGCUGCGCGACACGCGGACGUCCAUCUCCAAGCUGGCCGUGGUCGGCAGCGGACUGUCGGCGGCGGACGCAGUGAUCGCAGCCCGGUUUCACGGCGUGGACGUCUGCCACGUGUUCCGCAAGAAGGUGGACGACCCGGAGCUGGUGUUCAACCAGCUCCCGCGGUCCAUGUACCCCGAGUACCACAAGGUGCAUCGCAUGAUGUCGGCUGCCGAGCACUACCCCGGCUACAAGGUAUACGGCAACUGCCAGGUGCGCUGCAUCCGCCCGGAUGGAACGAUCGAGCUGGACUCUGGCGUCGAGAUUACAGACGUGUCGCACGUCCUGGUGCUCAUCGGCGCCCACCCGAACCUGAAUUUCCUGCCCUGUGGCGGUCGCCGCCUGGGCCUGGCUCCCGGACUGCCCAUCGACUGCCGGGCGAACCCCGUGCAGAUUGACCCUUACUCGCACGAGACGCUCGCGCUCAAAGGACUCUACGCCUUGGGGCCCCUAGUCGGAGACAACUUCGUGCGGUUUCUACAGGGUGGUGCCCUAGCCGUCACGGCGCACAUUUGGAGGAGCGUGGCCGGCUCCGCUUAGACGUCCUCGAAAAUGUAUCCAGUGAUCGGUGCGUUGUUUUGCUGCUAAGCGGCGACUACCGUGACAGCCCGUAGCGUGUCCGUGACUAACGGAGGACGCUUCGGUUAGUUCGGGCGGAGAAUCACCAUUCCCAAUGAGAGCACGUCCUGCCAGCUCGACAAUGAAAAAAAAAAAAAAAAAUCUACAAAAAUCGGACCCUCUUUUGAGAGUUCACGAUUCGGCCUUUAUUGUAAGCGUCACGCUCUCGCAAGCUGCGGUUCCUUUUUUUUUUUUUUUUUUGUUUCAUGACCGUCGACUUUUAAAGCAGCCCUGGGAAAGCGAUCAGCACUCUGCUGACCGAAGUGAUUUAGGCCCAGUUACUUACGUGGCGCACCAAAACUCACGGUUGAAUUGGUAAUAAAACAGUUUAGGACUCUCUAUUCAACUGACAGUACUCCAUCUCACCGUCUGGGUGCAACGUUGUACGCCGCACGACAACGAGCGCAUAUUGUCCGCCGUUGAUCUCCGGUGCUCUCGCUCGUUCCCUAAGAGCCGCGUCGAAGAGGCCUGGCGCCCGCCGGCGCUGUGCGCAGGAAGCAUUGGAUCGCGUGCACAGACAAAGGCCACCGAGAAGCUCAGUAGUCGGCGUCGCGGCCUCGCUUUGAUGGGGUUGCCUUUGGUUUCUUUUGAGCUCUCUGGUUCACAAAACGUCGAGGGCCCUGGUGGAUGCCCGCGGCAGGAUGACGCUGUUUAGCCAGAAGCUGUUAAUCCAGGUGCACUUACGAGGCCACGAGGGGCAUUAUUUAGGACAUCUGGAACAAACACAUGUCUCGUAUUUAUUGUGCUCACUUUGUACAUACGGUAUUGAUAGUCAUCUUUACACAAUGUCUUGUAUAUUUUAUAUGUUUUAGUCAUUAUUUAUUUUGAUGUUUUAAUAAAUUCUUACACCCACUG